CUUUGAGAGAAAAACACCAUCCAAAUGAAAUGGGAGAAGCAUUCAAAUUCGUGUCAACCUUGUAUCUAUCCACAACUUUACUGUUAAUAAUAUUCGGUUCUUUCUUUUGCUGUGCUGAUGAAAACUUGAACUGUGCCCAACAGUGUUCUAAAUCUGAUAGCUUUACAACUGAGAACGAUUUCAAGGCCAACCUGAAGAAUCUUUUGGACUCUUUGGCUGAAAAUGGGCCUCUUUUUAGAGGUUUUUACAGCACCUCCAAUGGAGAGAGUUCAAACCAAAUCUUUGGUCUUGUUCAAUGCAGAGGUGACGUUUCUUCAAUCAACUGUGGUAGCUGCAUAAAAAACUCCUCUGCUUUUGCCUUGUCUGAGUGUCCUGAAAGCAAAGAUGUUAUGAUUUGGUUUAGAUGGUGUUUUCUUAGGUAUUCCACUGAUAACUUCAUUGGGGUUUUGAGUCAAACUUCUGUGGCUAUUUUUAAUGACACCAAUUAUGAUGACCCAUCUUUGGUUUCUUAUGGUUUGUCUCUAAUGAGUGGAUUGGCUUCCUCUGCCUCUUAUCAGAACUUGAUGUUUCAAAUUGAUGUUUUGGAUGCUGGUAUGAAAGGAAAGAGAUAUGGGAUGGCUCAGUGUACUAGAGAUAUCGGUGGGAGUGAUUGUGCUCAGUGUCUCAACUCUCAAUUGGCUACCUUUAGGACAACCAUUGGGAGUAAGAAAGAUUGGGAAAUAUAUGGAUUCAAUUGCUUUAUGUGGUAUCAUGAUCAUCCGUUUUACUUCAAUUUUUCAACUAGUGCAGGUGGAAGAUGGUCUUUUCCAGAUGGUGGAAGAACAAUUUGCAUUUCUCUUGCAGUAUUAAUGAUGGUUCUGAAGAUUCUCUAGCUGUUGAAAGUUGGGACAUUUUUUAUUUGAGGAUGGAAGUCAUGAAUCUGCAACAUGGAAGACUUUCCUUCUCCUUGGUUUUGUUCUUUUUAUUUUGUAUUCUUUAUUAUAAAUCCUACUUGUAUUUUUAACUUGUAAAGCUAACUAAAGUCAUCUCUCUAAGGAGGAGGGAAGCUUCUUU